UCCAACAAAGUCACAGUAACUCCCCCCACACCCCUACCCCAUAAAAUCCCCACAUCCCCACUGCCCCGUCACCGCCACCAAUCACCAUGGCUUCACCUUCCCUGCCUCUCAUUCUCCCACUCCUCACCCUCUCUCUCCUCCUCGCCUUUUCUCAAAACCAAGCCAAAACUGCCUCGGCCCCCGCCCCCGCUGCCUCCGGCACCGUCAACCUCACUGGAAUCCUCGACAAGAACGGCCAGUACACCUCCUUCAUCCGCCUCUUAACCUCAACCCAAGUCGCCGACCAAAUCGAUAACCAGGUGAACACCUCCACCGAGGGCUUCACCGUCCUCGCACCCACCGACAACGCCUUCGCAAACCUCAAAGCCGGCGCCCUCAACGGCCUUAACGACCAGCAAAAAGUGCAACUCGUUUUGUACCACGUUCUGCCAAAGUACUAUAGCCUGGUGGACUUCCAGACAGUCAGUAAUCCUGUUCGCACCCAAGCCGGCGGCCAAGACGGCUCCUGGGGCCUGAACUUCAUCGCUCAGUCGAAUCAAAUUAACGUCUCCACCGGCGUCGUCGAUACGCCGCUGAACAACGUCCUGAGGCAGGCUAAGCCCUUGGCGGUUUAUCAGGUGGACAAGGUUUUGUUGCCGGAAGAACUGUUUGGGAAUAAGACUUCGACGCCGGCUCCGGCGCCAGUGAAAAGUACUCCAUCUCGUGGAUCGAACUCCUCCAGUUCGUCGACGCCGAAACAGCCGUCCCCGUCGGAGAAUGGAUCGAGUAGAGCGAGAAGUGUGGGUUUGAGCUUAGUUGCUUUGGUUGUGGGAUUGAUUUACGCGGUGGUUCUAUUGUGAGGAGAGUUGAACAGUUGAACGCAUGUUUGUGUUUUGUCAAUGUUUCCGAGGCAGACGGUUGCGCAUGUGAUAAGAUCCAGGGUUUAGCAUGCCUUUCUAGGAAAAAAGAAAAAAGAAAAAAGAUGCGGGGCUUGAGAUUUGAUUUGCACCUAAUUCAAGUUGUAUGUCUUUAAUUUAUUUAUUUUAUUUGAAACAAGACUUUAUGAUCUUAUGAUUCAUGAGUUUCUUUGUAAUUCUUUUUGAAAGGUUUACUUUAUUUUUUUCAAAGGUUUAAUAGUAAUGAACCACAAGAUUCAAGAAA